UAAUUAGUUGUCCCAUUCAAAACUGAGAUAUUUUUGUUUCUCAGUUUUGUGUGUUAAAAUCUUUAGAGCCAUAAUUUUUUGAAAGAUUAUUCUCAAGUGAAAUUGAAGUGAAAGUGAAGAAAUGUAGAAGAUUUUCAAGUUGAAAAUAAAGUUUGUGAUUAUUAUCUUCAUAAGUAAAGGAUUGUACGAUAGACCUAGAAUUUUAUGAGUGGAAUCACUUAAUCUAUAAGUGAAAUCAGUAAAUCUUCAAGUCAUCGAAAGUGAUUAAUCGUCAUAACCAGUGAAAAUAUAUCAAUCAAAGACAAAUAUGUAACAUCCUCCACUAAUGGAAAUCAAUGUAUGAUCUGAAGUCCUAUUAUGUAUUUUCAAACGUUGCUCUGAAGAACUUUUCAAAGUCCCGUACAACUAUGCAAGAUGCAGAAGGCACUGAUCUCAAUCCUGAUCAUCCUAGCUUUGGCAGGGUCUCAGUCAGCUAUCAGUGAUGACUGGAAUGAAAAAAUUAACACAACAAGACUUCAGAAAUAUUUGCUGGAGACGACAAUUGAUAACCACAACAGAUCAACGAAAUUCAUUGUUGACACGUUGUGGAUCGGCUUGAAGGGCCGAAAAAUCGGACGAAUCGACAAUCGAUCACUAACAUCAUCGAGCAAUCGUGUAGAAUGCUUGGAAGCUUUGAAUGACUACGUUGAUGCUGUUCUAAAAGGCAGAGAGCUGUGGGCUUUGGAAAUGUACGACGCCUCAUCAAGUGUACAACCGGGCUUUCUGUCUGGAAAUAUCCAGGACAUGGGCUGCUAUGAUGAGUGUGUUGCAGUAACAAAGCCUAGCGAUGCAAAUGUGAUUGGUAAAUACUGUACGGUGGUGGUCGAUAGUGGAAAGCCUUUCAUUGUGGAAAAGAGUAUAUCUCAGUCACAGGUGACCUAUGGCCUGUGCAUUCCAUCUGUAUGUCAUGCUGACUUAAUACAGGAUCUAUUGAAUGGUGGAGCAGUGCUUCUCAACCAUACUUUGGCGUUCAAAAUAGAUGAACAGCAGUGUUAUACUAGAAACAAGCGGUCUCUAGGGACAUUGGAUUGGUUUGCUAUCUCAAUAUUUGGAUUGUUUGCAAGUCUAGCAAUCAUAGCUACACUCAUAGACGUGCGUUACGUUUCAUCUUCAACUGCAACAAAAACAAUAUCUAUCAUCCAUUCAUUUUCACUACAAAAGAACGUCCAUCAACUACUGAAAGUGUCAACUAGUCGUGACUCGAUGAACUGCCUGUACGGUUUGCGUUUCAUGAUGAUUGUCUGGAUAAUCUGCGUGCACCGGUUCUCACAGCUGCGAUCUGUGCCGGCGAUGUCCAUGUUUCAGCACCAUAUAUUAGUUCAGGACUGGACGCGAGCCGCCAUUGUCAACGCUUACAUUUCUGUUGACACGUUUUUUGUGAUCAGCGGCACUCUACUUUCCUACUCUUUUGCCAGAAAAAUUGACAAAUAUCGUCAAAGUUUCUCAGUUCUGAAAUUGUAUUUGCAUCGGUACUUCAGGAUCACACCGGCUCUGGCUGGAAUAGUUCUGGUCUAUGCAAGCGUAUCUGAUUUGUGGUGUGAAGGUCCUUUGUAUAAGCCGUUUUAUGAUUCUAUCAAAAAGCCCUGCAUGAAAAACUGGUGGACGACCUUGUUAUACAUCAAUAAUUAUUACGAUAGUGACGUCAUGUGUGUGGUUCAAAGCUGGUACCUCUCAGUGGACAUGCAGCUUUAUGUAUUUAUUUCAUUUAUACAUUUAUGUAUGUAUACGUUUGUAUUUGCAUUUUUCAGAAAAUACGAGGACCAUAGAAUUUUCCUGGACAACUAUGUACUAACUCACACGAGAGCAGGCUCUUGGAUACUCGGAUUCGCCCUCGGUGUCUAUCUGGAUGAGUUUAAAAGAAAUCCAAAAGUGUUGCCGAAAAAACUGCGAAAUCUAGGAUGGUUGCUGUGCGUUCUGGGUUUGUUUGCAGUGAUUUUUGGCAUUCUGCCGUUCCAGCAAGCCGACCAUGAGUACAGUGAAUUGUGGGACACUCUGUUUAAGUGCUUGCACAGGCAUAUAUGGGCGAUGUCCAUCUGCUGGUUGAUAUUUGCUUGUUCAACUGGACAUGGAGGUUUUGUGAACGCAUUUCUCUCAUGGGGCGCAGUGAUGCAACCUCUAGGCAAACUGACAUAUUGCAUUUACUUGGUGCACAUUCUCAUCUUGAAAGUGCAGAUGUGUGCUCAACGCACGCCGGCUAAUUUCUCCGACAUUACCAGGGUAACAAUUGCAUUUGGAGAUGUGAUUGCCUCAAUGCUAUUGGCUGUUAUUUUCUACCUGUUAAUUGAAGCUCCCUGGUGUUCAUUGGAGAGGAUAUUCCUUGGCUCAGAAGGAGAAAAUACUAAAGUGAGAGCAGAAUCCAGAGACAUCGGGUUGGAGUUGACUGCUAAAUCAAAUUCAAAAUAAAAUAUUUUAAUCACAAACUUAUUUCUAUCAAGACUUCAGAUAGCAAUUGUUGAUUAAAAAUUUAUAUUACCGUUUCUGAAUCACAAAAAUCUGGUGUGGCAAACUCACACUAUUUUCCUAGCCAUGAUCAAAUAUUUCUAGUAUGUACUCUUAGUUUGCAUCGGAAUUCCUUUGUUGUUGUAUUUGUAAAUUUUAAUCUAUAGAAAUACUGUAUUUACAUUUUUACUU